AUGUCAGUCAUCGAGACACCUUCCAAGGCAGCUGCUUCUGCUCUUGCCGAGUUCAACCUCAAUACCCCUAAAAAGGUAUCUGAGCCUACUCUCCUCUCCAAACUCCAAGCUGUCUCCAAACCCACCGAGAAGCCUGUCGUAGUCGAGGAAGGUAAAGUAGAAGAGUACCGAACGAGAUUCGUCGGUGAUGUCGAUUGUGAAGAGAAGGAUGAACCCCUCUUGCAAGAAACCAACUCGCGAUUCGUACUUUUCCCGAUCAAAUACCGAGAGAUCUGGCAAAUGUACAAACAAGCUCAAGCUUCUUUCUGGACCGCUGAAGAGAUCAACCUUGCCCCCGAUCUCCAUGAUUGGGAGAACAAGCUCAAUGAUAACGAACGAUACUUCAUUGAACGUGUCUUGGCUUUCUUCGCUGCUUCCGACGGUAUCGUCAACGAAAAUUUGGUCGAGCGAUUCUCAGCUGAAGUACAAUGUGCCGAAGCUAAAUGUUUCUACGGUUUCCAAAUCAUGAUGGAGAACAUCCACUCCGAGACCUACUCUCUCCUCAUCGACACUUACAUCAAAGACAACGACCAAAAGAACUUCCUUUUCGAUGCUAUCGACACCAUCCCCUGUAUCCAGAAGAAAGCUCAAUGGGCUUUGAAGUGGAUCACCGAUGACAAGUCAACCUUCGCGGAACGAUUGAUCGCCUUCGCCGCUGUUGAAGGUAUCUUCUUCUCUGGAUCUUUCGCUUCCAUCUUCUGGUUGAAGAAGAGAGGUUUGAUGCCCGGUCUCACCUUCUCUAACGAGUUGAUCUCAAGAGAUGAAGGUCUCCACACCGACUUUGCCUGUUUGCUCUUCACCCACCUCAGGAGAAGACCUCACCCCGAUACUAUCUCUAAGAUCAUCAAGGAAGCCGUCGCCAUCGAACAAGAAUUCCUCACGGACGCUCUUCCUGUAUCAUUAAUCGGAAUGAACUCCAAGCUCAUGUGUCAAUAUAUCGAAUUCGUCGCUGAUCGAUUAUUGGUUGCCCUCGGUAACGAUAAGAUAUGGAACGUCUCCAACCCAUUCGAUUUCAUGGAAAUGAUCUCAUUACAAGGAAAAGCAAACUUCUUCGAAUCUAGAGUAUCAGCCUACUCGAAAUCAGGUGUCAACCAGUCUGUCGGUGCUACAUCGGAUCACUCAGCCGUCAAGGCUGGUUUCACCUUGGAUGCUGAUUUCUAA